AUGUCUCACACGCCUACCUCGAACACUCCCGGUAAUGCCAGCGGUGCUGCGGCCAAGCCGACCCUCACGGGAGUGAGGAUCAGGCAGCGCAAGGGCCAGGCCAAGGCUACUGCCAAGUUUGAGCCUGAAGCCUUCCGUGACUCUCUCCUCCUUCACCUCGCGCUCGUCCCUACUCCCCCUACUUCGGACGCUCUUGUGACCAAGCUUGUCCAGGCCGGAACCACCCUCGAGUUCCUCAAGUACGCUGACCAGCUCUUUGAGAUCCUCUUCGCCGGAGGCCUCCUGCAGCCCGGCGGUUCCUACCUCGACGACAAGCGCUCCCCCGUCUACCUCCUCCAGCCCGCCGACGAUGAGAACCUCGGUGGCUGGAACCCCGUGACGGGCAUUGUUGAGGUUCUCCAGCGCGUGAUUCAGCGCUACCGCUACCUCCAGCGCCCCCUCGAGGACACUUUCCUCCCCCACAUUCUCGGCUACCUCCCCAAGUGGACCGAGGAGCAGCGCACUAAGCUCGCCGAGGGUGUCGCCCUCCUCGUCACUGAGGGCCAGAUCAAUCCCAAGUGUCUGACCUCGCUGGCCAAGGACCACGUCGUCAAGGACAAGGUCGGACUCCACUUCCUCACCGAGUUCUUCCGCACCUACCUGCAGAAGCAGUCGAUCGACCACCUUGCCGCGACUCUCCGUCGCUCUGGCCUGCGCGACAUUCUCUCGGUCUUCCCCAACCAGAUCCGUGACAAGAAGCACCUCGAUGACUACUUCAAGGAGCAGAAGCUCCCCCAGAUUGUCGACUGGUACGCCAAGGUUGCCCUUUCGGAGACCAAGGACCAGACUGUCCAGGCUAUCGCUCGUAUGAUUAACGACGAGGAGUCGAACGAGCAGAUUGUCGAGUUCCUCAAGGCUCAGCAGGCCGAGCGCCCUGUGCCCGAGGCCGACCUUUGCGAGUGGAUCUGGCUCGGCUGGAUGGCCGCCUUUGACUGGUCGGGUCGUCCCAACGAGCUCGAGAAGGACGUUGUCGCGUACGUCCAGAAGCUCGCCCCCACCCUUGAGCCCUUCUGCAACGGUGCCAAGGCUGAGGUCGGUAUCCUGAACACUGUCCAGGUGUUCUGCUACACCGACACGCGCAUCAUGAAGGCGUUCCCCCAGCUCGUCAAGGUCCUCUACAACGAGGACUGCGUCAGCGACCAGGCCAUCAUCUACUGGCACAACAAGGGUGCCAAGCCCCAGGGCAAGCAGCACUUCCUCAAGGUUACCGAGGCGCUCGUGCGCUUCCUCGAGGAGCAGUCGGACGACGAGGACGACGAGUAG